CCUAUUACAACUUACGAGUAAAAAACCUCACAAGUAUUUAACGCAUUGACUUGAAAGCUUAAAAGUUAAAAAUGAAGCACCAAGAAGUGGGCGUAGACUUCUGGGCCAUGGGCAAGGCGAUGCUGACGUACGGAGCGCUGACGGCGCUGUGCUGGGUGAUGCUGCGGCUCUUCAACACGGUGUUCACGCUGCCCCGCCGUCUGCGCGCCCAGCAGGACCAGAUACAGAACUCGCUGAAGGACUUGCAGAAACGGUUUCCUGACCUAAACAUCACAGAGGAAGAUCUUCAAAACGCCGAAAAAGAACUAGACGAUCUCAUAAAGGAGAAUGACAAGGAGAAGGAAGAUAAACUUAAAAAAGAAGCUAUAGAGGAAGAGGCAGUGCCCGAAGAAACAAAGAAAGACCUUUAGGAAUAUUUAAUCAAACAGUGGUAUCUAAUAGAGCACAAAAUAAUUAUUAUUUUUCUAAUCAAUAGAAUACCCAUCAAAUCACCAACGA